GCGAUCCUAGAUCGUUUACUCAACACCACAACUCUUGCAACCACAGCUCCGUGCUAAUUAAUCGCCACUUGCAGUUCAACAUGUCGGACGAGAAUAAGACGACGACGGUGGAGACGGACGUGGCCGUGGACGACGACUCCAAGACCACCACAACGGUCACGCGUACCAUGACGACCACCACGCGUGUCGUCCCCCCCUCCGCAGUCUCCAAGACGGCGUCCCUACUUGCGUCCUAUGAGGCGUGGGUGGGAAGCCACGCGGGGCUGGCCCGCAAUGUGGAGACGACGAUGUAUGUGGCGCCACAGCUCGUGCCUAAGCGCUUAGUCGAGCCGGAGGUUGCUACGCAGUUCGGUUAUUCGCUGGUUGGGCUGCUGCAUCUGUACCAUGACUACGUGCUGUGGAAGAAAGACAACAAGGAGACAGAGCCACCAACUAACUGCCACAAGUUAACGCGACUGCUUCGUGUGCCACUGUCGCUAAUUUCGCACGUACAAGUACUCGCCGAAGUCGUCGCUCGUCGAGUUGGCGGCGAUGUGGGCAAGUGGCGGCUCAUUGUAUGGGUGGAGAUCGUCAAGAGCGUACUUCGUCUUGCUCUACUGGCUCAGCGACGUCGUGCCAUGCUACUGCGUGGCGGCAAGUACAAGGGCGUCGAAUCUGCGCCUCGACCGUCGGCGUUCGCCCGGUUUAAGAAGACCAAACAGCCUGGUGCCCGUACAGGCAAGACCUUUGGCAAGGCUACGGUAUCGGAGCCCGAGCCACCGGCAGGAAAGAGCGACGACGAACCCAACAAGAUCUCGUUCGAGGACGCGACGAUCGAAGUCGCGGACGGCUCGCGCGAGGAUCUUCUUGUGGCGGGAGAAGUCUGCCACAUUUUGCGGCCUGUUGUGUACGCAGUACUGCGUCGUCGCCGACCGGCGACCUCAUGGACUCCUGUCAUUUUAUCGCUUCUGGUGGAACUGUCCGGGCUGGCGUUGUCUGCUGCUGCUGUGAAACCGGUGGAAUCAUCGAAGCCUGUCAUUGGCGACAAGGCUAAAGAAGAAUUUGCAGCUCGCAAGGUUAGUUCGUCGACUUACAACUCUAUCCGCGAGUAUCGUCCUCACCAAGUUGUCCUGUUACUGUCUGAAUACGGCAGAUGGCUUUGCUACUCUACUUGCUUCGCGACCCAGUGUUUGCAACCGUCACCAAGCCUGCGACUGGAAAGGCUGCGGACGUCCUGGAUUACAUACCAGGCGUGGGCAAGUUGUUCCGGUUCGGAACGACUGCCGUGCUGGACUACUAUCACCAGUUCCACUUCUACACCUCAGCGUCGUAGAUUCCUGUUGCCUAGGUCGUUGUAUAAGCUCUACUUGAGCAUCGCAAUCUUGUGUUUGUAUCCGAAAGCUCGCAGAAAAGGAAUGUGCUUUUCGCCACAACUGCUAUAUGACAACAGGAAGCUUUCUCAAAAAGAGUCUGAAAUUACUCGACACGGUCGAAUGCAUUCACUUCUCAAGUUUCGCUGGCUCCAAUACCAAGACGAAGGAAUCAUGAAGUCAAAGAUCUUGUUGGGAUUAGUUGCUGUCACCGCGAUUUUAAUGCUGGGAUAUCUCGUGAACGGGCUCCCAACCGAACGAGGUAAGUGCAUCUGCCUUCACGUAAGCGAUGCUGUGUGGGCUGAAUAAUGUGUUACCUUGAAGGCCAGUACCCACUGGAGUCCACUGCGCUGGAAGACACCGAUACGACCGCUGACUGCCGUCCUGGCGCCAGUUACUGGCCGGCGUGCCGUAGCAUUGGCUACCCAGGAUGUAUGCCUGGUGUUGUCCGCUGGCCCCAGUGUAAGACUGAUCCAACUCGUGACUAGCUUCCCACUUGAUGUUAGCGAUGUUGGGGAUGCUACCUCCGAGAUUGAAGCCCCACCAUACAACUCGCAAAAUCAGCUAACAACUUGAGUUCACCGAGAUAAACACCGAGACUUUAAAGUCUUCAGUCUCUCA